AAUUCUAGAAAAAAAAAUAUUGCGACACCCAAUGAUGCAAAAUAAUACUAAAGAUAAUAUAAAUCCGACUUUAACUUUGUCGCCAUUACAAGCACAUUAUUUGAAGAAAGAACUUAUCUCUCGUCAAAUCAGAUCUGAGAUACAAUUACUUUCACAAUAUGAAGCUAUAAAAAAUUUGGGUCCACCUUUUGCUGACGAUGAUUGCGUAGAAACUGAUACUCCAUUUUUACGUUUCAUAUUCAAUCGUUUCGUAUAUACUUUUCCAUUCCUUCGUAAUUCUGAAGCUAAUUUUUGGCUUAAAGUAUCGGAAUUUUUAAACGAAUUUCAGAAGAAAAAUAUUACUACUUCUUCUACAAGAGAUGAAACGACUAAAAGAAAGAAAUUAGCUGAAAAAGUUGUCAACGAAUUUACUUUGUUACUUAAUGUUGGAUUAAAAACAACUUUGGGAAAAGAAGAAUCAAUUAAAGUUGAUUUUUCUCAUAUUUAUAAAAAUUAUAAUGAAAAAAAUUCUCAGGAUUCAAACUCUACAAAUGGAUGGACUGUUAACAUUGUUUCUGUAAAAGCUGCAUGUGAAAAAAAACGUAAAAUUCAAAAACAUGUUUAUAUGGAAUAUAUCAUUCAGACAAUACGAUCAAAUUUUGAUGAACAUGUUUAUGUUGUGAGACGUCGUAAAGAUUUUAAAAAAUUAUAUACUAAACUUAAAGAAGAAUUUGCGGCAAUUGAUAUUCCUGCGGUUCCAAAUAAAAUUAAAGAGCGAAAAUCGCCAACCUUUAAUAAGACGAAAUCAAUACAAAAAGAUGAUCCUUCUAACGGUUUAUAUCAAUGGGAAAAAAAUCGCCAAAAUUUACGCGCGUACUUGCGUUCUCUUCUCCUCAUAAGAGAGGUUUCUAGAUCAAAAACGAUGAAAAUCUUUUUAACAGAUUCUCCCAUCUCUUUAAGCGAGGAUGAAAAAAGAGAUAUAGCAGAGAGACUAGAAUUGGAUUCAAUUAGAGAGCAGCAAAAGAAAAAAUUUGACGAGGAGGCAGAAAAACGCAUUAAAGAACUCGAACAACAUGUUUCAGAAUUUAAGAAAAUGGUUAUGGGAUCAGGCGGAUUAUCUGAAGUAAUUAGUACAAUACAACAAACUUCUGAUAUUUCAAAUUUACCCGAAACUUAUCAAAAAGUUGUUGAAUGGGGCGAAAUUGGAUUUGCCUCUACUUUAUAUUCUCUUUUUAUUGGAUCCGAUAAUAGUAGUGAGACUUUUGCACAGCUUAAGCGCACACAUGGUUUAAUGCCAUAUAGAGCUAUUCGAAGCGUAAUGAAAAUAUCAAAUCCUGUAGCGCUAAUGAGAGGGGUGUUAGAUAUAUUUCUCGCUCAACCUUUUGGACAAAAAAGUUUAGCCCAAAGGAUUCUUUCAAUGAAUUUGACCGAAGAUAUUAAAGAACUUAGUAACGAUAUUAAACUUCUUGAAAAUGAAAUAAACGAUGAUGAAGUAUGUCAAAAAUUACGAAAUUACAUAUAUGCUUCCCGUGAAGUUCAAACUGCCGUGAAGAAAGAAGCGAAAGGAGAAAAUAUCGACGACCUCGCCCUUACGAUAUUGUAUACAGAGAAUUUAACCCCGAGUUUAAUGGAUUCGCAAAUAGCAAGAUUUACCGGAAUUAUCAACAACAUUAAGAUAGAUAGUAAAGGUUUAUUAAAUGAUUUAAAGAAAUUAUUCUUCUUUUACGCUCGUAAAAGAGACAAGGAAAUGUUAAUCGAAUUACUGUUUCAGGGAAUCACUGGAGAAAUUUUAAAAGAAAUCAUUACUAUUUUUUAUGAGCCAUUGGCUAAAGUUUAUAAAGCUGCAAAUAUAUCAGAUUCUUUAUCUGAUCUUUCUGGAUUUGUGGAUGACUUAAUUAGUGUUGUCGAAGAUGCUGAUCGAAAGGGUGUUGUUAUUUAUAGCCCGGCUGAAUCAGUUGUCCAAACAUUUAUAUCUCUUGUGCAUCGUCAUAUGCCAAAAUUUUAUUCAUUUGUCCAUUCGGUUUAUUCGCAUGAUUCAACAGGCUUAUUCAAUUCACUUAUUGGAUGGAUUGGAUCAUUGUUUGAUUUCAUGCAGAACGGACUAGCUGAACAAAUAGAUUUGCAACAAUUGAUCGAUACAACGUUGACAACUGAAGAAGAGCGAACCCGUGUUGUAAACGAAAUAGAAAGUUUAAUGAGUUGGCAUACUUGGCGAAAGAAGAGACAUUUAAUGCGCCUCAAAAAUAUUAUGUAUAAUGACGUUGAUAGCGGCAAUGAUGGUGAUGAGAGUGAAGAUGAUGACUAUGAUUACGAUACUAAUGAAGAUUUUGUGGGGGUUGCUGAUGACGAUGAUUUAGAAAGUCAACAUGAAAGCGAUGAUUUAGAACAUUCUGCUUCCGAUUCAGAUUCUUUGAUGGAAGAGAUGGAAUUCCCUGAAAUAGAAAUUAUAUCAAAACUAUUACCUCCGUUUGUAAGGUUGAUAAGCGGUUUUAUGCGGGAGUGUUAAAAAUUGAACAAUUUCCUAUUAGUAAUUUCAUUUAUUAAUUUGUCAAUUUAUUAAUUAAUUAUUAUUUUAUAAUAUAUGUAAUGCGUUUGUAAUUUAAUAUAUAUAUAUAAUUUAUUACUACAUUAUGAAUAUCUUUGCAAUCUCAAUUAUAAAAGUUACAGUAUAGGUUAAUUCAUAUUUCAAAAAAAAUUUUUUGUGCCAUUCAAACGCACAUUAUGAUAAAUAAAUAAUAG